CGACGCUGGCAGGUUAGUCGACACUGACCUUCACUUGAACAAGAAUUUAUUACUAUAUUGCUCAUGGCCGAGCUGCCGCCACUGCCCCGGCCGCGACUGCUGCCCUCUAACCAUGGUCCAUACGGCCAUCUUCCGUGGCUCAUGGCCGACGCUGAUGUCGUGCAGCCUUGAUGGCUGCACUGUUGUCGUCCCAACAAUCCCUCCAUGCCCUCCGGGCAGGGCAUCAUUUCCCGUGUUGCCGUGCCCUCGUACCAGUAUUGGUGGUCUCAGCUUUAGCUCUCAUGUACUUAUUACGAGUGAGCUCUUGUCAUAUGCCAUCCUCAACAAGAAGUGUAUACAACCAGUUAUAGUGGAGGGAGAUGUUCUACAUUCCUAAGUACCCCUAGUUUCCAGGUAGGCAAAUAACACCCGAGCUGAUUUUUUUUUUUCCGCUAUAGCUCUUUAGAAGAAUCCAGAUCUGAAAUACUCGAGUCUCUGCUAGACACCCUUCGACACUUGGAAGAAAGAAUUUGUGUACAUAAUCAUUUUAAUAAGCACCGAGUUGAUAACGACAAACUGUCCACUAGCGGAAUGGUGUUUUCCUUUCCAAAUGUUGACUUGUUUUUCUAGUCUUUCUUCCAUCCACUUUCAAUCAGCAUUUCAAAGUUUAUGAGGCAACAAAUUGGAAACUAAGCCCAUUCGCGACCAAAAAACACGUUAAACUACUGCUAGGCUUCUUGUGCCUCAUCAAAGAAUAAAAAAGGUUGACUCUUAUGAAAAUGAAUCUUAAACCCAGAAAACUGCUUAAAACCGGAUAGCUCCAGUUUAUUUUCAUUUUUUUUCAGGUCGUGGAUCAUAAAGAGCAGUGGCAUCCCGCUCAUUUGACAACCCACUUGAACAUGUUCGACUAGAAUAGCUAGCUAGCACGUUAGCCACAAUGUUUCACAAUAUAAGGGAAACUGGGUCGUGUUGAUGCAGGCACCUCCUUUGUCUAAAAGUAGUUACCAAUAUUGUCAUUGACAAUCAUGUUAGCAGCGUCAUAGUAAUUUUGAUCGUACCGCUGCAUUGUUUCAAUGUUAAUUUUUUUAGGUUUUUAUGUUAAUUUUGUAGAGAAAUAAUUCAGUAUUCAUUUCCACUACAAGAACACCCUGAGCUUACUGGCGCCGUCUCCAGUAACCUCCGGACGCAUACAAGAGAUCAAGGAAAUAGCGACGUCCAUGUAGGCCCGGGCUAUUUGAUGAAGAUGUUGGAGCAGUUUUGCAGCGCGGCUCCUGCAGAACACGGUGACUCGAAGCACCAACAACCCAUCAUGUACAUUGUUCCCGAGGAACUUAAAAACAUGGAUUAUAACCCCAACGAAGGAUAUGAGCCGGUUGCUGUUCGUCUGGGCGGGCCCAAGAUUUAUCGUCGGCGAGCUAUUCAGGACAAGGAAAGCUUGUUGAAGAUGGAAGGAUACAAAUGGAGUUGUGUGCGGCAGCUCAUCAGCCGGCACAAGAGCCUCUUGGAGCCUGCCAGGACCCUGGUGCUACUGGACGGAUGUUUAACGAGCAUGAAACGCCUCAUGCCUCGAAUUCGGGCUUCCUACUCUCAACCCGCCAUCCAAGAAAAUAAGGUGGCCGAGAUGAUGCUGCUGGACGGCUCCUUCAUCCUACACCGCUUGCUCAAGUACGCGCGCCUCGCGAAAAAGGAAGAAGCUGGUGGGAGCAGCGAUCAGUUUGACAAGGAGGAUGACGAGGACUGGACUCAGGUCUACGGCAGGUGCUUCGUGUGGCAGUUCGUGACGCGCGACCUGCUGCUGCUGGAGAACCAGAUCCCGUUCUUCGUGGUCCGGGAGCUCUUUCAGCAGCUGGGGAACGGGGACGAGCCCGAAGAGCUCCUCGUGACAGGCAGCCUCAGGCUUUUCCGGUCUCUUCGUCCCCAGAUGUUGCACCGCUCACCCAUUGCUUGCGAUGACGUGCACCAUCUGCUGCACCUCUUCUACCUCUCCAUCGGCCUAUCACCGAGUGACCGCAGGAAGCAUUCCAGCCGCCGUGGCCGCCGAAGCGACGAGCUGUUGUCGGAGUUCCCUCAGUGGAUCCCAUGCGCCAAGGAGCUGGAGGAGGCAGGGGUACGGUUCCGGAAGAGAAAGGAUGCGACUAGCUUCAUGGACGUGAGGUUCGCCCGGGGCGUCCUGGAGAUCCCGCAGCUGGAGCUCAACGACUCGAGCGAGUCGCUGUUCCGGAACCUGAUCGCGUUCGAGCAGACCUACCCGGACACCCCACGGGACGUCUCCACCUACGCCGUCUUCAUGGACUGCCUCAUCACCUCAGCGGAGGACAUGAGGAUCCUCGACCUGCACGGCGUCCUCGUCAGCCAUCUCAACAGCAGAAGGGUCGCCUGGCGAUUCUUCAGCGACGUCGUCGGGCAGGUCCAUUGGUCGGCCGACAACUACCUGCUCGGCCUGAUGGACGCCGUGAACAGGUACAGGAGCCUCAGGCGGCACAAGUGGCGUGCUGCGCUUGUGCGCAACUACUUCAGCAAUCCCUGGGUGACCAUGUCGGUGCUUGCGGCCCUGCUCCUGCUAGCGUUUUCCGUGGUGCAGACAUUCUUCGCUGUCUAUGCCUACUUCAAGCCUCCCAAGUAAAUAAGUAAGCGCGUUGCCAUGGCAGAGGUAAGAUUGCCAUAGAGGGUUGUUAUGCAUGUAUGCACCCCCAUCGUAUUGGCGGAUCCAGAAAUUGAACUUAAUUACCUGUGGCAAACAUUUAAGGUCUAAUUUUUUUUUUUACAAAUAGUAUAUGUCUAGUCAACCAAAACUCAUGGAAUCCAAAUACUAAAAACAUAGAAAGAGCAUGAAAAAGCAUAGAAAGGUCAUAUAUAGGAACUACUCCCUCCGUCUCUAAAUAUAAUUUGAACUGCCAAAACGUAUUAUAUAUAUGUAGGAACAGACGGAGUAACUAACAUAGAGUCUUAUACCCUUUGAAAACUUGAAAUGGUUUACUUGAUACCACAAUUAAGACAACCUCACAAUCAGUCGUUUCCCCCGAAUA